AGCAGGGCUGGCACGGGGUAAGAUGACAGGAGAGAGUUGGUAGAGCUGUAAAAGGAUUGUCGAUAAUCUGUAAAAUGAUGCCGAUUGUUGGUCUUGUUUCAGGGGAGUAACUUGUGGAGGUUAGAAGUACAACUCUGAUAUAUUCUCUCUCGUCCUGAAGACAAAUACACAGAGUCGUAUUCAUCCGACGAUCAUGACUUCCCCCACUGGUGGUCCCCAGCCUCAACAUCCUUCCGCGGGCGGCGGACGCAGGGUGGUGAUAUCUAGCGGCGUCAAAGCAGCGAAGAGUGCGCCACCGCCGGAAUCACGACGACCGGUGUUCGUUCCACCUGGCAGAGUGGACCUCUCAUCUGCGAGUUCGACAUUUGCGCAGCAAAAACCAGCUGCCACGUCGGCCGUUGCUGGAGGCAUUGGCGCCUAUUUCUCUUCAGCCAGCGGAGCAGCUCAAGGCAGGAGUGCUAGUCGCGGGCUCGGGACGAGCAGCGGCGUCCGGCGAACGCCGGUCGUUUCGAGCAGCAGCUCGUUGUUGCGGCCACCAGCCCUUCGCCCUGCGCCAGUGCAAAUCGGAACCAGCCGGCCUCAGUCUGCGAUAUCCUUGUCCGGCUACGCUGAUGCAGCAGCUCGAGGUGGGAGAGGUCCAGUGCUCGCAAACGCCGUGGGAGAUUCUGCUGUCGAUCCGGAGCAACAUCAGCGAUUUCUGCUGGCACGAGCAUCUUUCGAACAGCGUGUGGCUGUGACCAACGGCGCGUCAUCGACCACGGGGCCAACGAGCUGUCAGCCCAGAAAAACACAGUCACGGCGAGCUUUGUGGGAAGAAUGGCGUGUGGAUCAAGUAAUCCGCGGUUUGCCUAGGCGACGACAGAGUCUCCGCGAGAAGCAGAGUCGGAUGAAUCAAGAGCACAACUAUGGUGCGAUGAAGACGGGAGCCAAUGCAACAAGUAGUCGUGGGAGUGCUAAUCUACUUUCAGGCGGAUCGCCGGUGACACCUGUACUGCGUCGGGGAGAACCUAGCAUGCCCCAGCGCUACGCAGCUUCGCGGCACCAGAACGCCGUCUCACCGCGGUAUCGGCCAAUCUCACCGCACGUUAACCGCGUGCCAGACUCGUUGUAUGGAGGAAUCGCCCCUCUCGUAGAUGAAGAGCAUAGUGGUGCCCGCAGACCGCUUCAACCGAAUGAACGGGGUAGUUCGGAGGAGGAGAGAAGCACAUCUGAGCGGGAGCGACUUGGUUUCUGUGAUGAAGACGAUAGCGAGGAGGAGGAAGAUGCUUCGGAUGCUGAGGCCGGAAGUGGUACCGGAGACGAUGGCUUUUUGGUGGAAGAUUCUAGCGCUACGUCUCCCUCUGAGUUUGAACCUCACGAACAGUUGUACCUACAGGAUGACUUUCAUUCGACUCUGAAUCAAUGGGUUUCGAAGGAUCGCGAAGCUACUAGGGUGCCAUCAGCUCUUCGCGGAAGUCCCACGCAACUGCCAGGAUACAUCGAUUACAGUUCAACGGGACCCACAGCGACCACAAAAACUCUCUACGGUCCGGCGUACAACGUGCCACGAGCUGGAAAUGCCAAUACUGCCGCACUGGAGGCAGCAGAGCUGCAAAAAUACAGUAUUGAGAUGAUUUUGGCCUAUAUAUCAUUUAGUGGCUUGCGAACGCGUUCAAAAAGAUCCAAUAUCCUCCGUUUAUUUCGUAGCCAGUCGAGAGAAUUUUCUCGCUUCCUCGUUAUACUCUUUGUGUUUCCUCGAAGUCCUCCCACCAGGUAGAGGUACCUCGAGCGCGCAUAAAGCCAGUGGCUCGCCGACGGCCGUAG